GGACCCGCUAGUGCUGGGGCAGUGCUGGAGUUGCACUCGGGAGCCAGCCGUCCGCUUUAACAUCCAUCAACUCCCAGAGCCAUGAGCCGAAGGAGUCUCUCGCUCCAGUUCCCGCUGUUGCUGCUCCUGCUGCUGCUGCCACCCCCGGUCCUCCUCGCAGAUCCUGGGGUGCUCUCACCGGUCAAUCCCUGUUGUUACUAUCCGUGUCAGAACCAGGGUGUCUGUGUCCGCUUCGGCCUCGACCACUACCAGUGUGACUGUACUCAGACGGGCUACUCAGGCCCCAACUGCACCAUCCCUGAGCUCUGGACCUGGCUGCGAAAUUUCUUGCGGCCCAGCCCCUCAUUCACCCACUUCCUGCUGACACAUGGGCGCUGGUUCUGGGAGUUUGUGAAUGCCUCCUUCAUCAGAGAAACACUCAUGCGACUGAUACUCACAGUACGGUCCAACCUUAUCCCCAGCCCUCCGACAUACAACUUAGCACAUGACUAUAUCAGUUGGGAGUCCUUCUCCAAUGUGAGCUACUACACUCGAGUUCUGCCCUCCGUACCCAAAGACUGCCCCACACCCAUGGGGACCAAAGGGAAGAAGCAGUUGCCCGAUGUUCAGCUCCUGGCCCAACGACUGCUGCUGAGAAGGAAGUUCAUUCCAGCCCCCCAGGGAACCAAUAUCUUGUUUGCCUUUUUUGCACAACACUUCACCCACCAGUUCUUCAAGACCUCUGGGAAGAUGGGUCCUGGCUUUACCAAGGCCUUGGGCCAUGGGAUAGACCUUGGCCACAUUUAUGGAGAUAAUUUGGAACGACAGCAUCACCUGCGUCUCUUCAAGGAUGGGAAACUCAAGUACCAGGUGCAGGACGGAGAGGUGUACCCACCGUCGGUGGAACAGACGUCCGUGUUGAUGCGCUACCCACCGGGUGUCCCGCCCGAGAAGCAGAUGGCUGUGGGCCAGGAGGUGUUUGGGUUGCUCCCAGGGCUGAUGGUCAUGUCCACGAUCUGGCUGCGUGAGCACAACCGUGUGUGCGACCUGCUGAAGGAGGAGCACCCCACCUGGGAUGACGAGCAGCUCUUCCAGACCACGCGCCUCAUUCUUAUAGGGGAAACCAUCAAAAUCAUCAUUGAGGAGUAUGUGCAACACUUGAGCGGCUACUUCCUGCAGCUCAAGUUUGAUCCGGAGCUGCUGUUCCGAGCCCAGUUCCAGUACCAAAACCGCAUCGCCGUGGAGUUCAACCAUCUCUAUCACUGGCACCCACUCAUGCCCGACUCCUUCAAAGUGGGCUCGCAAGAGUACAGCUACGAGCAGUUUCUCUUUAAUACCUCCAUGCUGGUGGAUUAUGGUAUCGAGGCACUGGUGGAUGCUUUCUCCCGCCAGAGGGCUGGCCGGAUUGGUGGGGGUAGGAACUUUAACCACCACGUUCUUCAUGUGGCCGUGGAUGUCAUCAAGGAGUCCCGAGAGAUGCGCCUACAGCCCUUCAAUGAAUACCGGAAGAGGUUUGGUAUGAAGCCCUACACCUCCUUCCAGGAGCUCACAGGAGAGAAGGAGAUGGCCGCUGAGCUGGAGGAGCUGUAUGGUGACAUUGAUGCCUUGGAGUUCUACCCGGGGUUGCUUCUGGAAAAGUGCCAGCCCAACUCCAUCUUUGGGGAGAGCAUGAUAGAAAUUGGGGCUCCCUUUUCCCUCAAGGGUCUCCUAGGGAAUCCCAUUUGUUCUCCAGAGUAUUGGAAGCCCAGCACAUUCGGUGGUGAUGUGGGCUUCAACCUUGUCAACACAGCCUCACUGAAGAAACUGAUCUGCCUCAAUACCAAGACCUGCCCCUAUGUUUCCUUCAGUGUGCCAGAGUCACCCGGAGACAAUGGGCCUGCUGUGGAGAGACCGUCCUCCGAGCUGUGAGGGGCAUGGAGGCAACAUUCUGGAAGGAAGAGCUUUGUGUUUGUCCUUCUAGGAUGCUGAGGUGAGGUAGAUGGACUUCAGAGUUUGUUUCCUGGCUUGUCACAGCACUGAGAGAGCUGACAAUUAGAAAUUUGGAUCUCACCCUUGUCUAGAAUAUUAUGAUUUUGCCAUUCUGGGAUGCUGAAUUCUUUGUUAACCCUUAAAAACUAUAGGAGUAGUUUUUAACUGGCUUCCCAGAACUUGGCUCCUUGUUGACAACCCAGAAGGUUAGAUUUCUUGUUCAUUUGGAAUACAGACUUAAAACUUUAUAUUAUAGGUAUAUAAUAGGGCAUGGUGUGGUCUCAUACACCUUAAUCCCAGCACUUGAGAGGCAGAGGCAGUUGAAUCUCUGUGAGUUUGAGGUCAGUCUGGUUUACAUAGUGAGUUCUAGGUUAGCCACGGUUACACAGUGAGGCUCUGUCUUCAAACAAACAAACAAACAAACAAGCAAAUAAACAACUAUAGGAUGUAGAGCUCCUAACAAAGUCCCUAGACUCUGGAGCCCCUCCAGAAUGUUGACUAUCUGAUUGGUAACUCAGAAGGUCAUGUUCCUGGUCAAUGAUCCACAACAUGGGCCAGACCAGUCCAGAUCUGAAUGUCUAGAAUGUGGAACUGGUUAAUUUUCCUGUUCAGUGGAAUAGACACAGAACAAAAGUCCCCAGUGUCCAACAAGGACUGCCUUGCCCACUUCUGUUCCUAUGCUGAAGGGCAAGUAAGAUGUUCUUAGGAGCCACACUUAGACCCUUUCCAGAGGUGUGGAGGGGACAGGUGGGAAUCCACCAUAGCUCUGUCCCCAUCCAGGUCUUUACUUGUGGCAGCUGUUGUUUAUGAAACUAAUAAAAUUAUCUUUCCAAA